AGAGCAUUAUAUACGUACAGAAUAAACCUGUGUUAAGUCAUCAUACUAACUAAGUAACUAUCACACACACAAAAAGGAAUAAGUCAAGAAAAUCUAUCUUCUCAUCUAAGAUCUUCGGAGGAAAAACUGAGUUGUAUAUGGCAACCAGAUCAAAGAGUUUUCAGUUGAUCUCCGGCUUAAAGAAGCACCUCGUUGACAGCGUCUUCCCACGCGCCACCGCGUCUGCUCCCUUCACUUCAAGGAUAGUUAUCCCUAGGCCUACUAGUUUCUUGUUUCACUUCCUUUUCAAGCUCAAGAGCAUGGAGAAUGGCAUCUUCUCUACUGGACUCGGUGCCAACCAUGGGUUCCACUUCCCACCAAGACCAAAUAAGAAUGCGAGCUCUGUGAGAAUCUUUCUGCGUGAUCUGUUGUUCUGUUUCUGCCUCUUUUAAAUAAACAAAAAAGCUGUUUUGGAUCUAGAGCUGAACAAUGUGGUGUUGUUUCAUCCAUAUUUGCUUAUUUAAGCUCCCUUCACUUCUAGAGUUAUGAUCAUCACCCUGGCAUACAUUGUCUUUUCCCUCUCUCUUCCUCCACAUCUCUCUCCUCUGCAAUUUCAACGCACGUUGAGCUCAUAAUUCAGACAAGUCAAUUGUAUAAAACGUAAAGACCGAGAUCUUUAAGCUUUUGUCUCCUUGAACAAAACUACACUCACGAAUCUCGGGAUCCACAUCAAGCUGCCGCAGCCAUGGUGUUUGAUGCCGAGAAGCAAUCGAUCGUUCAUGUUGAACAGAUUGGUGAUUCAUCUUCAGGUGGGCUUAGCUCACUACAAGAACCUUUGAUACAGCAGAAGCACAGCCCAGAAAACUACUCUGUUCUUGCAGCCAUUCCCCCGUUUCUCUUCCCAGCUCUUGGAGCCUUUCUUUUUGGUUAUGAGAUUGGUGCCACGUCUUGUGCUACCAUUUCUAUUAAGUCGCCUACACUAAGUGGAAUCUCAUGGUACAACUUGUCUUCAGUGGAUGUUGGUAUCAUUACUAGUGGCUCACUGUAUGGUGCCUUGAUCGGAUCAAUUGUGGCAUUUAGUAUUGCUGACAUUAUAGGAAGAAGAAAAGGGUUGAUCACUGCUGCAUUCUUAUACCUUGUUGGAGCCAUUGUUACUGCAUUAGCACCUGUCUUUCAUGUCCUGAUCAUUGGACGUGUUGUGUAUGGCAUUGGGGUUGGACUGACAAUGCAUGCGGCUCCAAUGUACAUUGCUGAGACUGCACCUAGUCAGAUACGUGGACGUAUGAUAUCACUAAAGGAAUUCUCCACCGUCUUUGGGAUGGUUGGAGGAUAUGGAAUCGGUAGCCUCUGGGUUACAGUUAUAUCUGGUUGGCGUUACAUGUAUGCGACAGUUAUUCCUGUGCCAAUUAUUAUGGCAAUUGGAAUGUGUUGGCUACCAGCAUCUCCUAGGUGGCUUUUACUGCGCUCUCUUCAGGGAAAAGGAGAUGCGGAGAGCCUUCAAGACGAAGCAAUCAAGUCUCUUCGCCGCCUUAGAGGGUCUGUAGUAGUUGACUCAGCUGCUGAACAGGUAGACGAGAUCUUGGCUGAACUUUCCUCUGUGGGUGAGGAUAAAGAAGCUACAAUUGGUGAAUUGUUUCAAGGUAAGUGUUUGAAAGCUCUCACUAUAGCAGGAGGUUUAGUCUUGUUCCAGCAGAUAACUGGACAACCAAGUGUGCUUUAUUAUGCACCAUCAAUACUACAGACUGCUGGCUUCUCUGCUGCAACUGAUGCAACUCGGAUCUCAAUCCUGCUCGGUAUUUUGAAGUUGGUUAUGACUGGAGUUGCUAUUGUAGUGAUUGACAAACUUGGAAGGAGGCCUUUACUUCUUGGUGGUGUCAGUGGCAUGGUGAUCUCAUUGUUCCUCCUGGGCUCCUACUACAUCUUUUAUAAUAAUGUACCAGCUGUUGCUGUGGCUGCAUUGCUACUCUAUGUGGGCUGCUAUCAGUUAUCCUUUGGUCCUAUUAGUUGGCUGAUGAUGUCAGAGAUAUUUCCCUUAAAACUAAGAGGCAGAGGAAUCAGCAUAGCAGUGCUUGUGAAUUUCGGCACAAAUGCGCUUGUGACAUUCGCUUUCUCACCUAUGAAGGAGUUGUUAGGAGCUGGAGUUCUGUUCUGUGGAUUUGGGGCGAUAUGUGUACUGUCUCUCUUCUUUAUAUACUUCAUUGUGCCUGAGACAAAGGGUCUCACUCUUGAAGAGAUUGAAGCCAAAUGCCUCUAAAAGGUUUCUUAUCUUAGCUCCAUUUUAACUGCUGCUUCACUUGCUUGAGGCUCUGAACGGGAAACACAGUAACCACAGAUGGGGUCGCCAUUUACCGUAGAGUUUCACUGUUUGGUCAAAAAGAAUUGGUGCAGUGAAGCUCGUGGCAAAAGUUUGGUGCGUUGGACAACUUCUAAAAUUCGACUGUUUUCUUAAUAUGUUUUGUAAAAUGUAAGAAAUUCACACAUUGUUGGACCACUAAUGAUUGAACCAUGUACCAAUCAUUUUAAAUGUGUCUUCAUUUUAAGUUUAGUAAAAAAAAUUGUUCAAUAACACUAUGUUUUAAGAAAAAUUGGUUCAUGUA